AUGCUUUCAACACUCAGCAAGACUGCGCGAAUCUCUCAAACGAGGUUCCUUCGACUCUCGCAUUCGGCUGCUGCCAAAGAUGCUAAGCCGAAAAAGGCACCGGUUGCCGCAGUGGAUAGCCCAUCGUUCGUCAUGAACCUCUUCAGAGGAAAAGCUGUCACUGAUCAGGUGUUCCCGUAUCCAUUAAACAUGACCGAAGAACAAAAGGAGACACUCGGAAUGGUUAUGUCACCACUUGAAAAGAUGCUCAUCGAAGUCAAUGAUGUUGUAAAAAAUGACGAAACUUCCGAUAUUCCACGAGCAGUUCUCGAUCAAUUCGCCGAACUCGGAACUUUUGGAGUUCUCGUUCCACCAGAGCUCGAAGGAUCCGGUUUCAAUAACUCUCAAAUGGCUAGAGUCGCCGAAAUCGUUGGAGCUUACGAUUUGGGAUUCGGAGUUGUAAUGGGUGCUCAUCAGUCCAUUGGAUACAAAGGAAUUCUUCUGGAGGGUACUGACGCCCAGAAACAAAAAUAUCUCCCGGAUUUGGCCACUGGGCGAAAGUUCGCCGCGUUUGCUCUCACCGAGCCAACCACUGGAUCCGAUGCUAGCUCUGUGAGAACCAGAGCCGAACUUUCCGCCGAUGGAAAGCAUUACGUUUUGAAUGGUGGAAAGAUCUGGAUCUCAAACGGAGGAUUCGCUGACGUUUUCACUGUUUUCGCUCAGACUCCAGUUAAGCUUGCCGAUGGAUCCACAAAGGAUAAAAUGUCGGCUUUCAUCGUAGAAAGAGCCUUCGGAGGAGUUACUAGCGGACCACAGGAGAAAAAAAUGGGAAUCAAGGGAUCAAACACAACGGAAGUUCACUUUGAUAACGUCAAAAUUCCAGUUGAGAACCUUCUUGGAAAAGAAGGAGAAGGAUUCAAAGUUGCCAUGAACAUCUUGAAUAACGGAAGAUUCGGAAUUCCAGCUGCGUGCACUGGAGCAAUGAAGCAUUGUAUUCAAAAGACUGUUGAUCACAUCACCACUCGUGUUCAAUUUGGAAAGAAACUUCAAGAGUUUGGAAACGUCCAAGAGAAACUUGUUGAAAUGAUUUCAAAACUUUAUGCUACUGAGUCAAUUGUCUACAUGCUCUCGUCUAACAUGGAUAGAGGAAUUAAAGAGUAUCAAUUGGAAGCUGCUAUCGGAAAAGUUCUUGCUUCGGAAAACGCCUGGCAUGUAUGUGAUGACGCUAUUCAAGUUCACGGAGGAAUGGGAUUCAUGCGAGAGACCGGACUUGAGCGUGUUCUCCGUGAUCUCCGUAUCUUCAGAAUUUUCGAAGGAGCCAACGACGUUCUUCGUCUCUUCAUUGCCCUCACCGGAGCCCAACAUGCUGGAAAGCACCUCGCCGAACAAGCAUCUGGAGUUGGAGGCCUCAUUGGAUUGGCUGUUUCGAGAGUCACCGGCGGAAAUACUGGAUCGAACUUCGGACAAGUCGUCGAUUCCAGUCUUCAAGAUUCUGCCAAGGCUUUGGAUCAGCAAAUCGCCUUGUUCGGUCAAACUGUACAAGGAUUGCUGAUGAAGCACAAAAAGGGAAUCAUUGAUCGCCAAUACGAAAUGCACCGCGUCGCCAACGCUGCCAUUGACAUCUACAGUUCUGCAGCUGUUCUCUCCCGUGCCACAUAUGCCAUCAAGCAUAAGGCUUCGAGUGCCGAUUUUGAGCGGAAGGUUGCCAUCUACUAUGUCGAAAAGGCUAUGAGAUCUUCGAACAGAUACCUGAAGGAUGCUGCAAACGGUACCGAGAACAAAGAGAAAGUUGCAACGAUCGAAUCAUUGGCAAAGGAAGUGUGCGGAAACGGAGGACUCACCCUCCAGCAUCCGGUUGAACUGUAA